AAACAGAACAUAUUUUGUUUACUGACUAGGAAACCCACCAAAGAGGCUCGAACAAAACCUUUAACCGACUAUUUCCCCGUUAGGAGAAGUGAAAGAAGGCCUCACACUGCUUUAAUGAAGGACAAGGUAAAGGAGAUAGAAGAGGCCAUUUUGAAGGAAAUAGAGGAAGGAUUUGAGGUCAAAGAGUUUAUUGACAAAGGAAGAGGAUUAGUAACCACUAAAAACAUCAAACAAGGAGAAUUUGUGUUGGAAUACUGUGGUGAUCUUAUUUGUUUAGAAGAAGCAAAGAAACGAGAGAAAAUGUACGAGAAAGACGACUCAGUAGGGUGCUACAUGUAUUAUUUCUCUUAUAAGAAUAACCGGUACUGUGUGGAUGCUACAAAAGAAUCUGGAAGAUUAGCUCGUCUCGUUAAUCAUAGCAAGCACGGAAACCUGAAGACUAAAUCCUUCUCGGUCCAGGGCAUUCCACGCUUGAUUCUAGUGGCUAAACGAGACAUUCAACCAGGAGAAGAACUGCUUUAUGAUUAUGGAGACCGAAACAAGUAUUCCCUACAGUCUCAUCCAUGGCUAGCAUUAUAAAAAAAGGCUUUGACCACAAUAUGUACAGCCUUAUUCCCCAACUUUAGACAUGGGUUUUAAUGGAAACACAAGAAUUUUGUACUUCAUGUAUAUGUUGCACAAACGAGAAAAGAAAAGUAGCGAACACCACAGUUUCUGUACGAAUAUUAGGUUUUCUGCAUGUGUAAUAGUUUCAUUCACACUUGAAGAGUAGGAGAUUUUAAAAUAACUCUGUGGAUUUUAAGGUUCUGUAUAUACUUAUUUACAAAUCUCACCUAUGGCUGAGAUGUAUUGAAAUUCACAGCUUAUAUCGUGACCUCACUUUGUGUGUGUGUGCAUUUUUAAUAACAGCUGUUGUGUUUCUUAAAUUUUGAUAGACCAAUAAUUAUUUUUA